AUGAGUGACAACGUAUACAUUGUUGCUGCUGCAAGAACACCUAUCGGUUCAUUCCAAGGUUCAUUGGCCUCCAAGACUUACGUUGAUUUGGGUUCUACUGCUGUUAAAGGUGCUUUGGCUCAGGUGCCAGAACUAGAUCCAAACUCUGUUGAAGAGAUUUUCUUUGGUAAUGUUUUACCUGCCAAUGUCGGUCAAGCUCCUGCUAGACAGGUUGCUUUGGCCUCUGGUUUGGGCAAACAUAUUGUCGCUACCACUGUUAACAAGGUUUGCGCCUCUGGUAUGAAGGCUAUCAUCUUGGGUGCCCAAACCAUCAAGACUGGUACCGCCGACAUCGUUGUUGCUGGUGGUGCCGAAUCCAUGACCAAUACCCCAUACUAUUUGCCAGCCCUACGUGCUGGUGCCAGAUUUGGUGAAAGCAAGACCAUUGACGGUAUCGUGAGGGACGGUUUGAAUGACGCAUAUGAUCACCAAGCUAUGGGUGUUCACGCUGAAAAAUGUGCUUCCGACUUCAACUUCACCAGAGAAGCUCAAGAUGACUUUGCUAUCAAAUCAUACCAAAAGGCUCAACUAGCGCAAUCCCAGGGGAAAUUCAAUGCCGAAAUUGUGCCAGUUACAAUUAAGGGUUUCAGAGGCAAACCAGACACCCAAGUCACCAGCGAUGAGGAACCAAGCAAGCUUAAUGUCGACAAAUUAAGAUCUGCCAGAGCCGUUUUCGCUAGUAAUGGUAAAGGUACUGUCACUGCUCCAAACGCUUCCCCUAUCAACGAUGGUGGUGCUGCCGUUAUCCUAGUUUCUGAAAAAAAACUAAAGGAGCUAAGUUUGAAGCCUUUGGCUUUGAUCAGAGGUUGGGGUGAAGCUGCCCACGAACCUGCUGACUUCACGUGGGCUCCUUCCUUAGCUGUUCCAAAGGCUUUGAAGCAUGCUGGUAUUGCAAGCAUCGAUGAAGUUGACUUCGUCGAAUUGAACGAAGCCUUCUCUGUCGUUGGUUUGGUUAACACUCAAAAGUUGGGCCUAGACCCUGCUAAGGUCAAUGUCUAUGGUGGUGCUGUCGCUUUAGGUCAUCCAUUGGGUUGUUCUGGUGCUAGAGUUGUCGUAACUUUGGCUAGUGUUUUGAGACAAGAGAACGGUAAGAUCGGUGUUGCCGGUAUCUGUAACGGUGGUGGUGGUGCUUCUUCUAUUGUUAUUGAAAGAGUUUAA